AUGUCUUUGAACUACACGACUGCAUUAUUAUUCAUUGCAUUGGUUAUUUCUCGUCUGUAUGUUCAACCUAAUUUUUCACUUAUCUCAGAUUGUGAUGAAACUUUUAAUUACUGGGAGCCGUUAAAUUUGUUAGUACGUGGGUUUGGUAAACAGACAUGGGAAUAUUCACCAGAAUACUCAAUCCGAUCUUGGACUUUUCUUCUACCUUUCUAUGGUGUGUUAUCUUUGGUUAAGAAGGUUGCAGACCGUCAAGGCUGGGCACCACGUUUACUAUUUUAUGUUGCAAGGGUUAUCUUUGGGCUGAUGAGUACGGUUUUUGAAAAAAAGCUAUACACUGAACUACUUAAAUCCACAAAUUCCGAAGUAGCCAAUCUUUGGCUUCUUUUCCAAAUUUUGAACCCGGGUUGGUUCCAUGCAUCGGUAGAAUUCCUACCUUCCUCAUUUGCGAUGAUUUUUCUUUUAGGAUACUUGAAGGAUUCUCUUCGCUAUCUAUCAACUGGUAAGGAGAAGCCUUUUGUUUCCGCAUUAUUUUACAAUGUUGUGGCUGGGAUUCUGGGAUGGCCGUUUGUUUUAGUUUUAAGUGUUCCGUUGGUACUUCAUUACCUGUUAAGCCAUAGAAUCAUUGAUACCUUGCGCACGGGGGUUUCCUCCGUGCUCGUGUUGGUUAUGGUAGUUGCUACCGUAUUUACUAUUGACUCCAUAUUCUAUCGCAAAUAUGCCCCAGUACCUUGGAAUAUUGUAAUGUAUAAUGUUCUGAAUGCAAGUGAGGAGAGUGGCCCAAAUAUUUUUGGCACAGAGCCAUGGUAUUACUAUAUUUUAAACUUGCUUUUAAACUUCCCAUUGCCCAUUUUGUUCUUCGCGGUAAUUGGACUUUUACACACAAACUUGUGGCCUAUCUGGGGGUCUAUUUUUGUGUGGUUUUCCGUUUUCUUUACUCAACCUCAUAAGGAAGAGAGAUUUAUAUAUCCUGUGUAUGCCUUUAUCACAUUGGCAUCUAGUAUAGGAUUUGCAAAGUGUACCAGGUUGUUUGGCCGGAGGAAAUAUAGUUACUAUCUCCUAAAGAUUUUGGUUUUUGGUGUUCUGGUUGUGCAGUCAAUUACCCGUAUAUUAGCCCUUACAACUAACUAUACUGCUCCAUUAGCGGUUUAUUCUGAACUUACACCAAACAGGGACCCAAUUAAUGUUUGUACUGGGCGUGAGUGGUACCAUUAUCCAAGUUCAUUCUUCUUACCGGAUAAUCAUAGGUUGAGGUUUGUUUCCUCAGGAUUUGAUGGCUUGUUGCCAGGUGAUUUCCUUGAAGGUUCUAUAUUCGAGGCGGUUAGUAAUUUACCCCUAGGUAUGAAUAAUCAGAAUAAAUUUGAUGAGGGAAAAUUGGUAUCAAUUGACAGCUGUCAUUAUUACGUUGAUGUACUGAUUCCAAGUAACAAUGAUAGAGACGUAUUGGAUCCCACUCUAUUUUUGGAAGAUUGGACCAAAGUCAGAUGUGAGCCAUUUAUAGAUGUUCGGAAGUCUAGAUUUUUUGGCAGGGCUUUUAUCCUGCCGGGAUUCCUGGUCAAAUAUCUACCACAACCAUUGAAAUCUCUAUUAGAGAAGUAUCACAAGGCAACAUACCUUGAGUAUUGUUUAUUUAAAAGAGCAGGUGUCUUGGCAGGUGUUUGA